CCCUCCCCCUGUGACUCACUUCCCCCUCCACCCAGGUGAGCUCCAUGGAACCCUGCAUCUAGCAGCUGGAACCUCAGGUGAGUCCUUGUGGGGGUGAACGAGUGAUUUCCAGUAUCGGGGGGCACUGAUCUUAUGUAGGGGGGCUAGCAGCAGCAAUCCAGCAUUACCCUCUCUGUACACAGGGUCUGCAGUCUGUCCCUGGUUUUACUGUGUACCUAUCUACCUGCUGCUCAUGGAGCCCAUACAGGAACUGAGUGAUCAAAUUUCAUUUGUUUUCACUACUGUGAGUGUGUUUGGUUUCACUAGGGUGUGUGUUUGUUUAUGGAAGGACCGCAUUAUGCUGCACUAUGAGCCUGAGAUAUUGAUUUAGGUAGAAGCUAAUAUCAGGAGGAUCCUGGUGUAGGGAGCCCAUUACAGAUUACAUAUAAUGUACAGUUAUUUAUAGAGAUCAGUAUAUAUUGGAGGUAUUAAUGUAGACCUGGGAGUGUGAUAUACAACCUGAAAUCACCAUAUCUGAUAUAUAGCACAUUUUGUUUAGUGUUAAUAUGUUCAUUUUAAAUGCUUUGCUUUUUGCUUGAUAUGUAUUCUGUAUGCACACAGUUAUUAUAACCAUGAACCAGGUAUUAUGGGAAAAUAAUUCAAUCAGAGGGUUCUGAAGACAUGUUUUAUGAAUGUCUAUAUUUAUAACAUAUUAUAUGCUUCACAUUUAUGUAUCCUUUAUUGUAUGGCUAGGAUGAGCCUUAGGACUCCUGUAAUCUUAUAUACCAAUCUGUCCAAGAUUAGUGGGAGUUAUACUUCAGGGUGGUAGCCAUUAGUUGCAGCUGCCAACAUUAUAUCUACCCUGGAGAAAGGUAAAUUUGAAAUGACAACAAAUGGCUAUAACAGCUGCCAUCUGGGAGUGUAACUCCCACUAAUCUUGGGCCAGUGUAUGUGUAGUGGAGAGUGAAAACCCAUUUUUGCUUAUAAUUUUUACACAUCCAGUAAAUAGAUUCACAUAUCCGUCCUGAUUGUUAAAUGUUUAGGAUCUAAAUCCGUUUUUGUUAGUUAAAGUGGCACUGUCACUGUCUGAGCACUGCCGAAUUCACAAUGUCCGCUGAUGGUGACAUCGCCGCUGGCAGACCUGGGGCAGGUAAGGUGAGAUUUACUUACCUGAACAUGUCCCUCGCAGGUGCUGCCAUCUUGCUCACACUGCUCCUCUUUGCCAGGAGCCGACAUCACUGCUGUACUCUCGAGCAUGCGCGAGAGUACAGCAUUGAGGUCCAUGGGGGAACCAGUGAGACCGCAGGAUCCUGAAUAGAUACAGCCAAUUCCUUAUUGGGAUUCACUCUUUGACUCCGCCUUGAGUCUAAGAACGUCAGGCAGAGAAGAAAUACAGAGACGGUGAAAUCCCAACACAGUCAAAUGAGUAUUUCAUACAGAUUCUUUUUUUUAAAUUAUUUUUCGGGGGGAGAGCAGCUAAAUUGUGAUUUUAACACUAUAGAGUCAGGCAUACAUGUUUGUGUUCCUGACCCUUUAGUGUUCCUUUAAUAGAACUAUUUCGGUGCCAGGAGUGCCUUGGCACUCUUACCCCCAGGUAAGUAGUGAAAUGGUUUGACAACCUACCUGGGGUCUGCCAGGCACUGGUCAUCAUAGAGUCACCAUAGCCAGAAGCUCUAUGCCCGAGCUAGCCUGGCAGUGUGAGUGAUUACUAGAUGUGACCAGUUGCCUGGGGCAAUCAUUGGAUUCCUGCUAAAAUGACAUUCAGGUUUAAUUUAAGAACUACUGUCAUCACACAGACCUUGAUUUACUAAUAUUUUUGUUGUGCAUAAGCUUUUCAAAUAACUUAAUAUUUAUGGAUAACCUCUUAAAAUAUAUAUAUAUUUUCUAAAUAUUAAAAAUAUUUAAAGUGUGUGUGUGUGUGUGUAUAUAUAGUUUGAAAAACUUAUCUAAGAAUAUUAAAUUGCGACCAUAAUAUAUAGAUUGGUAAAGGUACAGCAAUGUCUGGUUGAUCUGAGAGAACUUAACAUAAUGUUUUUUGCCACCCACACUCCUUUCCAUGUGGGGUGUGCACAUUGUGCACUACCUUGAUACUGUGAGGUAUAACCUGGUUUGCGUACAUCUAGUAAGGGUGUAACCUGCCAAUCUAUUUUUAAUAUUUCUUAUCCUGACUGGAAUUAAAAUGUCUGGCCUGCCUUCUAAGUCUACUAUUUUCCAGUUGAAGCACACUGCUCAGCUUGUAAGUAAUGUUGAGCUGGGUUUUACCUUCUUGAGUUAAUAAGAAUACGUAUGGCUCAAACUUAUGUAAGAUAAUAAAAAAAAUUACAUGCAUAAAUAGAUUUUAUCUUCCAGGUCUCAGUAAGUACAGGCUUGUAGCUACCAGAUUGAAGAGGCAUUUACUUAAAUUGUCACAUUGAAUCAUUUUCCUUGUAAUAAGGCUUUCUGUAGCAUACAUUUUAUUAACAAGCCUGUAAAGAAAGGUAAUUUUGUACCUCUCGGCCCCUUUUUUACACUUUGUUUUUUUGGGGUUUUUCUUUUCAAAGUCACACACAGUCUCCACCCAUCGGUGUCCGUAAUUAGUAAAGUAGUACAGGUUAUCAAAAUGUGACAUUUUCCCUCCCCUCAACAAUAAAUUCCAUUUUGAAAGUGUAUUAACUCGAGAUAAGAUGUAUAUUAUUAUUAUUAUUAUUUAUUAUUAUUUUUUUUUUUUUGGAUGUGUAAGAAAAAUGACAUGAUAUUUGCUUUAUUCCUGCAUUAAACAUGUUUUAUCCAUACUACAUAGCUGCAUGUAAUUAACAUUUCUUAAUUUUAUUUAUAUGGUAUUUAUCCCAAUAAUUUCUAUUGAUAUUUAUAACUUUGUCAUCUAGCAGCCAGGUGUUCUUAUAUACUUAAAGUAUGUGAUGUAUUUUUUUUACAUCUUCCUACUAAUGUUUUAUGUGAUUUCUUCUAUCUUUGAACAUCAUGUCAUCUCAGAGUGGAGUCCGUAUUAAUUUUGAUAGGGGACAUCCUUUGAAUUUUUUUUUUUUUAAAGGCUAUUUAUUGAUUUAUGCUGUUGUAUAAAGGCUCAUGGCAAAGUUAAUAUACGCUAAGUGCCCUGGCAGUAACUUUUCAUGGGUAAUUGGUAUAUCAGCAUGAAGAUGUGGUAAAGUGUUAGUCUGUAGAUAAUGCAUUAAAAUAUUGGAGCUAGUGAAAGACUUCUGCAAAUCUAUAUUUCAUAGAUUCCAACAUUAGGAGGUAUGAACUCGGAAGGCUGGCCAUGAUGUGAGAAGGGGGAUCUGCUGAGAAGAGGGCAUAUCAGUCUUGUCUGUAUGCAAACCAGGUUGAUAGCUGUUUUGGCUGAAGCGCUGUGCCCACGUUCUUAAUUCUCUGAGGGCACUUUGCUAAGCGUUAACAUGUCAGUUGAUAUGGUCGCCCUGCACUUGAAUCAAUGCUUUCCUGUGGAGCAUUUGAAGCUGUUAGAUGUCCUAAUGCAAAGCGUCUGGAAGACUGUCACUAGAUGGACUUAACCCUGCAAUGUAAACAUUGAAAUAUCACUGAUACAAUUUAAAGGGGACACUAUAGUCACCAGAACUACAGCUUAAUUCAGUUUAAUAGUUCCCACUCGCGCCGCUCAGGAGGGGGAUACUAGGUUGUGUUUUUUUUUUACUGGCUGCUUACUGUUUACUAGACAUGCCCCUACUUGCGGCAUACCGAGUAGGGGCAGAUUAUUUACUAAUACUUGCGGCAUACUGAGUAGGGGCAGAUUAUUUACUAAUACUAAGUCAUCUUUACUUCGUAUUAGUAAAUUUAGGUCUUUCAGCCUUUUGGUAGAUAGCUCCCUAAUACCCUGGGAAUUAGGGAGUUAUCUACUAAGCGGCUGCAAGAUGCAGUCGCAGCACGAAUAGGAUCUGAGUUUCAUUCAUUUGAAUGAAAUUCCAAUCCGAUCAAAGUCCCGAAUUCCGUCCUAACAUGAAGGAGAAACUGUUCUCAUUCUGUCUAAAUGACAGAACGUUCGGAAAUACUGACAGGAAGCAUCAUGAGAUCACAGAGGAAAAGCCAAGAAUUGUGGGAAAAUUGCUUUGACCACCGGAAACGGAGUACACUUUGUUCCUCUGCUGGUCAAGCGUAGGAAACCUCCAUAAGACAAAUAGUCCCUACUUUGUCUUAUGUUUUAAACAAAACUAGAGCAGACAGGAAGAAAUGAAGAAUAGAUCCUGACAGAGGGAGAGAAGAGGAAUCAAUUGGGGAAAGGUUAAUUCAGCAUGACAGUGCCGCUUUAAUGGUGGGUUUUGCACUAUAGGGUGAGGAAUUCAUGUUUGUGUUCCUGACCCUAUAGUGUUCCUUUAAUAGUUAGACCUAGGUUAAAAAUAAUGAAUCUUUUAUUGCAUAUGUCAAUACAGGGUCACUUUAUGAAUGAUAUUAGUACUAGUAGCUAGUAGAUAGGGAUCCAAAGCUGUAACAGGUUAGUUAGUAGUUUCAGGCUGUAAUUAAAGGGACACUAUAGUCACCAGAACAACUGCAGCUUAUUGCAUUUGUUUUGGUAUUUAAAAUCAUUCCCUUCAGGCUUUUUGUAGUAAACAGUCUUUUCAGAGAAAAUGCAGUGUUUACAUUAAAGCCUAGGGAUAACUCCACUGGCCACUCCUCAGAUGGCUACUAAAGCUGCUUCCUUGGGCAGUGCGGCAUAGUAAGCAGCACUGCCAUUCGGUAUCUCCACCCUCUGCAUGGAGACACUGAACUUUCUUCAUAGAGAUGCAUUGAUUUAAUUCAUCUCUGUGAGGAGAUGCUGAUUGGCCAAGGCUGUGUCUGGCUUGUGCUGGCUCUGCCCCUGAUCUGCCUCCUUGACAGUCUUAGCCAAUCCUAUGGGGAAGCAUUGCGAUUGGCUCAAACCACCACUUCUGAUGAUGUCAGCAGACAGAGGCAGAGCCAGCAGCUGCAGACUUGAAAACAAGUAAGAUUGUACUACAUUUAGUGAGGCAAGGGGGGCCAGAGGGGCUAGAUGGUGGUUUUAACACAAUAGACUCAGGAAUACAUGUUUGUGUUCCUGACCCUAUAGUGUUUGUUUAAUUUUAUUUAUAGAUAGAAUAUACAGAUCUUGCUGUAGUCCCAGAGGUGGGAGAUGUGGAGUUCUCUCUCUUUUGGUUUAGUGUCUUGUUUUGAUAGUUGAUAAAUUGCACAAAUGCCACGCUUUAGAACUUUUCAAAUGUUGAUUUGCAAAUUGCUUGUGAUUAGGGUAUUUUCCUUUCACUGAAGAAAUUGAAACUUUACAUUAUUAUUAGCAUUUAUAUAGCGCCAACAGAUUCUGCGACUUCACAAUUCUAAAAUGGGGAUAUUUUACAUGUAAUUUACAUACAGAAUAUAACAGACAAGAGUUGAAGACCACCCUGCUCAAAUGAUCUUAGAAUCUAUUAAACAAAUUUUCCCAACCCUCCACAAAAACAGCAAAUUACACUGAACAGUAGCUUUUCAACAACAUGAAGCAUACAUACCCAGGUAAUGUGAUAAAAUAGACACGAGUAACAAUAUUAUAGAAACAAAACAUACUUCUUUUUACAACUCUAUAUAAACCGAAAAUGCGUUAUUCACUAAACGCUAAUUGUAGUUGACGAAAAAGACAAAUAACUAAAUUGAUACUGUAGCAGAAUUGGAGAAUUUUUUUUUUUUCUUGUGUCCCAGAUAUUGCAAUUUUUUUUUUUUCAAUCCACUACAAAUCGUUUUUUAAUGGACAAAAAAUACAGAUAACAUGUACUCUUUCGGAUUGUGCUGACCUUGAAUCCUAUCUUCUAUUAUGUUGUUUGUAGUGCUUGUAUACUAGAUCACUGAUCUAGUAUAUUUCAAAAGGCAGAGCAUAUUUAUGAAUAGCUACUUAAAGGACGACUUUAAUGUUAGGAAUACAAAGAUGCACUCCUAACAAUGUGUUCCUCGCCCCUUGCGCGCACCCCCCGCAAUGUUACAAAGGGUUAUAAAAACAAAAACAAAAAAAAAAACUCUAUUCACUUACCAGAUUCCAGCACCAAGGUCCCGUUCCUCAAUGUUUCCUAUGGGGAUUUCUCUACACUGGACAUCCUCAUGCAGAACUCUGUGAAACUCCAGGAAGCGCCUCUAAUGGCUGCUUGGUAAACAGCCACUAGAGGCAGUCUUAGUGCUGCAAUGUAAACAUGCCAGUUUUUCAACUCAAAUGUUUUACAUUGCAGUGCUAAGGGGUACAUGGACACCGCACCCAGACCACUGCAAUGAGCUGAAGUGGCCUGGGUGCCUAUAGUAUCCAUCUAAACCAGGCUUCCCCAAACUCAUGAUUCUAUGAAUGAAAUAGGCUGAGAAUCAUGGGAGUUGUAGUUCAGCUACAUCUGGAGUUUGGGGAGGCCUGAUCUAAACUUAUAUCACUAUAUUCAGAUGUUUCUUUUAAAGUGCUGGCUUCCUGAUUGCCUGCCAAUUGUGUUGUACAGCCCCUCUGUUAUAGAGAUUAUUCAUUUGGUAUGUUAAGCAGUACUUUGCUACAUUUUUCAUUGUUCUUUUGAUGACUUGUAUGCAACUCAAUGGGAUUUGAGAGAGUAGGAAGUCCCCAAAACCAUCAAUUAUAUCCAAGUAACUGUCUAAACGUAGCUUUUUUUUUUGCAGUGUAUUUAUCUUGAUCCUUUAUUUUGUGUCGAUUAUAAAAAGGAUUGCAUCACUGCCCAAAAUAUGCUUUUGAUCGCCCGUCUAAGUACUUUGAGCAUGAAGGAGAGGAAUGCACAAAUUAUAUGCCUGUACUGUCUGCAGCUUUACAUGUAAGCUAUUAAUCAUUGGGUCAGCGCUAGACAAGAGGGCAAUGCUAUUUUUUUUUUUUUUUUCACCAAUCGCCCAGUCAAAAUGGAGGUGACAAUAGCUGAGCUUUUAGUAAUUCAGCUUGCAAGACAUAUUGAUCCUAUUGGAGGUGCCUGACUGCUAAGAGUGCCACUUACAAGCGAGCUGAAACAUUGCGGGUUCUCUUUUGUACUGCAGUAUCUCUGUUUGGAGGAAAACCAAUGAGAAGGGUCUCCUCAGUUUGAACUCCUAAAAAAAUAGCAAGUUAAAGGGGACUCAGCACUGACAUAAUGAACGUUGUGUUACAAAUAGUGUUCACACAGGACGCCAAGAUAACUGUAGUUGAUGCCAUGUUUUUAGGAUCCUAAUUUGAAAUAAAAACAGAUUUAUAACAAAAACAGAGAAUAUGAGACUGAGAACAGACAAAAGCUUAGAGAAACUCAAUAGCAUGCUGUUUGGUAAAUCCUCGCUAAGGUCUCAAAAUAGUUUUUGCUCAUUUGUGCCAUUACAGGGAGAAGCCGUUUCAUUGCAUAUCAGACUGAUCCCACCCAUAAGGGCUGUCCAGAACCAAAAUGCUGGCAAGUUCUCUCUGCACGAGAGAUAUAGCAACCCUAGACGAUCGUUUACGGCAGGGGUUCUCAACGUUAGUCCUCAGGACCCCCUACCAGUCCAGGGUUUAGGGAUUACCUGGGUGUGUCUCAGGUGUUUAGAAAAAGAGAAAAAAAAAACACCUUAGAGUCUAAGGUGUUUUCCCCCCCCCCUUUUUCUUAACACCUGAGACACACCCAGGUAAUCCCCAAAUCCUGGACUGGUAGGGGGUCCUGAGGACUGGGUUGAGAACCCCUGGUUUACGGCUUUCUUUGGGCCUCAUCAGCUAGGUGUUUCUGAUCACCUUCAGGCAUAGUGAGCACGGGGUCCACAUCUGUAUUACCCUUUUAACUUGGGGAGAAUCAAGUUAGUGCAUUGCAACAAAAACAGAAGCUAUGAGAACUCUAACUCCACAAGAGCCAGCGCAACUCAUGCCCAAACACUUGGCUUCCACAAACCCAAAACACCCCCUGCCCCCUUGGUUAGCGGUAAACAAUCAACCCGGAAGCACCACCUGCGACAAAACAGGACCCUCCAUCACAGCAUACAGACUCCCUCACCCAGUGCAACACAAAGAACUAGACUAAUGAACACGGUUUUAGCGCAACCCAGGCACACCAUUACCGCACCAACUUCUCACCGCACACAUGGAGCGCUAGCACCAUCAGACCCACAACCCGCAUGUGCUGACACAUAAUACCUAACCCUAAACACAAGGGUAUACAAAACAUACUGACACAUCUAGACAGAGCAUCAUGUAAUGUUUACUAUGUUAAUGUUAUUCCUGAAUAUGUUGUUGCUUGACCCAAAAUUGGUGCAAAUCUUUAAUGACGUUGUAUCUAUACAUUUUUGAAGCACUUACGUGCAUACCUGUUUGUGAAACUUAAAUACCAUGCACCAAAAAUGAAAAAUAAAGAAUUUAAAAAACAAAACAAAAAAAAACCAAACUAUGAGAACUCUGACGGACAAAAUCUCAGAGAAACUCAAUAGCUUGCCCUUCGGUAAAUCCCCACUCAGGUCUCAAAAUAGUUUUUGCUCACUUGUGCCAUUAGUGCGUGAACGGUAAAAUAGUGCUUAUACACAUAUUUGGUGUUACAAUAAUGUAAAAUGUAAUUUUAUCAUGUAAAGAGACCGUAAUGAAACUAAGAAUCCUGUUAGAGGCAGACAUAAAAAAAAAAAAAGUAAAGUACACAGUAAAGCCCAGCAAAGUAUGAAUUUUCGUAAUGAGCACUGCCUUUAAUGUGAGUCUCUUUGGGAGCCCUGGUCAGCUGUGUUUGUGCUGUGGAUCCUUCAUUUAUUUUAUAGAACGGAAUAGGGUUUUGAAUUCUCCUUAGUGAGUGCUGACGCAGGGAACACUGAAUCCUUUCAGUCAAUUCUUACAGUUUACCUUGGCUAAACUUUUAAUUUUUCUAUUAACUUAGGGUUAGUUCUUCUUGCAGCUGAAGCAACCAGCACUGCUAUGUAACCCAUCUGCUAAAUGAUUGUCAUUAAUCAUGGUGAGUAAUAUACAUUUAUAUACUAUGUAUAUACAUCUGUAUUCAUAUUACACAGUCUGCCUGUUAAUUUAACAGACUGAUCAUGUUUUUAAAUGCCCUUCUGUAUGGUAUGGAGUGUCACACCAUGAAAUAAAGCAGGCAUUGUACGGUGUGACUAAAACUGCAACGCGUGGGCCCAUUUUCUCAGUGCACGGCUUGGACUUUUAUAUUCAGGCCAGCGGAGAUUGUUUUCAGGCUGCGACGGUACUUUGUUGCUAGUGCCAUUAUUUUAGCCACCCCUUCUGUUACUGAUGUGCUGGAAGUGGAGUUGGAGAGAGAGACUCACUGUCUCCCCAUCUCUUCUCCCAUCAUUCCUGUACUGCCAUGAUAUUAAAGAGGAGGUGUGGCAAAGGGGAGGGUUUAUGCUGCAGAGUAGAAUACAUUAUGCACAUGAGGUCAAAACUUGUCAAAUGCAUUCAAGUUGUUUGGGUCUGGAGUGUCUCUUUAAAAAAACAAAACAAAAAAAUCUGCUUUGUGGUCUUAUAUGGUGUAGCCUGAGUAUUAUUCCCUGUAAAACAUGCUUUGCUGUUAUGUUUCCUCUAUAUAAGUUGAGGAGACCCAAUACCGUGUUUUGUGAGCUAAGUACAUGCAUAUUACAUUAAAUUCUUGUGCCCUGGCUGAAAUGCCCUGUGUUGUCACCAUGCAAUUUUCAUGUUUGGCUUAUUGGGGAACCUGAGGUGAAAAUUGGAUGUGCUGCCUUAGCUUUAAUACAUAAUGAGGGGGUCUCACUUCCCCAUUAUCUGUCCAAAUAUUUGUACUGCAGAAGCACUUAUUAUAUGACCACGCAAUGAAAUGAGAGACUCAAAGCAGUGGCCAAUCGUUUGCUGUCUGCUCCAAAUUGCUGCAACUGAUUACUACGGAUAUUUGUCAAAGCAAAGGACAAUGUUUUGACCAAAACCAGAAUGACUAGACAAAGAGUGUCCCUUUAAAGAUUGCUUAACGUCAUUGGAGUUAAAGUUCUACACUAGUUGGGCGACUACCUUUUUUAACUGUUUCUGAUGUGAGUAGACUAAAUGUAGACUAGAUUUUCUUCCAAGAUGACCCUUUUUGUUUCAUAAACAACACUUCAGAUCCUAAAAUUUGCAAACGUUAACAUGGUAUGGUUCUUUUCCUUUUCAAAAUAUUUUUACACUGCAGCCCAUUUUCCUAGAAGUCCAGAACAGGGCUGUGUAAGAGGUAAUUACGUACAUGAAGCAUUGUCAUGAAUAGCAAGCUUUGUGCUCUGUGAAUUUCAUCCACUCCUCUGGUUUAUGCUGCUGUUGAAACAGACGGAUUUUGGCUUUUCUGAGCUAGAAUUUCCUGUGGUUGAAAUUCUUGAUGAAGCCGUUUGUUGGUGUUCGUAUUUGUAAUACAAGGAAUCCUUUAUAAGUAUGGUACUAUAAGCCUACAUUGCUGGGUAGAGCAAUAUUACAUUCAAAAAUAUAUUUUUCUGGAUGUUACUGAAUUAUGUGCUGAUACUUGAUGCCAGAGUGCAUACAUAGGUGUCACAGUGCCCACUGGAAGCCCUUAUAUGGCUCUGGCUUCCGCGAUCCGAUUAGUGACUCGAAUGUCCAGAUUUUGUGCAUUCACGUUCUGGUGUCACAUGACCUCUAAUAACCAAGUACUGCACUCCUAGGGCUUUAUAAGCUCAUUUUGGUCAUUAUGCUGUGCCCUAUCGUUGUUCCCCUCAAUGGUUGUCCGAAAGCGCAUUUACUAUAGUUCUAUCUGUUGUCUGACCCUGGCUUGUAUCUUGACCAUUCUCCAUUCUAUUUUCCUUGAACUAUGACUUGUCUACUUGUUUAUAUAUUCUGUCUCUCUGAACGCGAUCUGUUUUGUAUUAUUCUAUAUAGCGUUGAGUCCGGCCCCUGUAAGGCACAUUAAUGCGCUUUAGUAGUCUGGUUUAUUAUUCGUUUUACUUUGCUCACUUAUGUUCUGCAUGUUGGGUCAUAGUCCAUCCUGUCAAUAUGUUGUUUUUGUGUGUGUCUUAUACAUUAACACAUUUUUAGGAUGACUGGCAUAUUUUAGGUAUAGAAACGAGUAGAAAUUUCAAACAAGAUGCAGUAAAUUGUUUGAAUAUAAAUGUCUCUUUUGACUGUUAAAGGAACACUCCAAUCACCAUAACCACUACAACGCUCUGUAGUGUUUACAGUGCUAGGAAUGCUCAACCGGGGGCCUGCUUAUCUGGUAUUCACUGCCUCCUCUCUUUUCAGCAGAGAGUCAGAAUGUCUGUCUGAGCUAAACCUGGCAUUACAGGGCUGAUCACAUCGACUGAGAGUGAUUACCUGGGUAAGAGAGAGCAAAUGGAAGCACCAGCUCUCUGCCAGAAGUAGAGGAAACUAGGGGGUAGGACCUGGCGGACCCCAGGCAUGAAGCCACGCUGUACUAAAACAGCUUGACUACAAUGCCAGGGCACUGUAUUGGAGUAUACAAUGUAUUGUGCUUGGAGUGUUCAUUUAACUUGAUUUUAUUUAUUUUGACCUGCAGUGCAAAAUCACCUCAGGCACUUAAAAGGUUAAAACAAUCACCUUUAAUUUUUCCUCCUCUUUUUGCUAGUUGUCGCUCUGUAAAUGGCGUCUAAUUAGAGCAAGCUUAAGAGGACUCCAAAGCUGUGUGCCCCAUUUACCAAUCAGCAGAGUCCUGCCAUGACCUCACACCUCUCCCCAUAAUACAGACUACACCAGGUGAUGAGCUGAUGAGUAACCCUAUUGUCUGAUUCCAGGUGUUAGAAUCCAGGUUUUCACCUCUGGCAACAAAUGACAGCUCAUCUUAAUACCCCCAGCAUGAUCAGCACAAGUCAGCAGUUUGCUUGUGGAAAAAAAAAAUCCUAUUAUUAUAACUUUGUUAAGCCAAUAAUAUCAUCUUCACACAUGCUGUCAUUUGGUUCAAUACCUUCAGCUUUCAAAAGCAAAACAGAAAGCUUAGUGCAUUUAUUAUGCAUAUGCUUUGUUCUAAAAUGAAAUGUAAUUCUCCCGAUUAAUUAAAAAUCAUUUUCCAUAGAAGUCCCCGACUGACACUAGUCAGUGAUGGUUUCUAUAUUUUCCAUGUAUUGCAUUAUUUCCUCCAAGUACACAAUUUAAUUUUGCAUGCACCCUUUUUGGGACUGUAUUUUUAUAUUUACUUGCCUUCCAAGUCCUCAGUCUGUGUAUUGCUCACCCAUUGGAUUUAAAAAAAUUUAUAGCACGUUCUUCAAAUUUCAAAUUUUCAAGAUUUACACGAACAUUCUGCAGAUUGAGAUAGAAUUGUGUUGGACCUAGCAGUCUAAGUGAAUUAACAGUUGGAGUAUGUACUUCAGUGCUUAUAGUUGUACUCUAAACCAGUCUCCAAUUGAUGUCUGGGUCUGUUGACCCAACCUGCAAUGUUAGGAGGGGGUGGGAAGUAAGUACUGUAGCAGCGUUUGGAAAUUAUACCUGGGAUUUAAAUAGAUUUAUACUUGGAAGUUAAGUGAAUCAUGAUCCCUUAAAUGUGGGGUUUACUGCUCUUUUAGUGUGUAAUCAGAUAAUGUACUUAAAACUACUUUGAGCAAUUUGCAGUUUACUAUCCUGAAAAAACAAGUUGUUUGUGUCCCUUGAGGGUUGAAAUUUUAUACCCUGCAUUACACUGGCUAUGUCUACACAAAAGUCAUUUGGGUGAUUCCAAUGCCUCCUAACAAGUCAAAUGGACAAUGAUGGACACUGUCAUUUUAGGGGUGUUAGUGGGCAUGUGGCCAGUGGUGAGGCUGGUUUUAGAUAUUGGUGACUUGCAAAUAACAAUUUAUGCAACUAAAAUGUAGUUCUUGAACAAGAACAAUGUAUCUUAUUAACAAAGAUUGAACUCUAAACACAUUUAUUAAAGUUUGAAGGUAACUUUUUUUUAGCUGGCUUCUAGAGUCCAAACAAAUUUGUCAAGUCCUGCUCUACAUUGUUACCUUCUUCAAUUGGGGUCCUUGUCAACCUGUUGUUCCUGUCAUAAUUUGUGAUAGGUUGUCUCGUUUGCUGUUAAAUUAUAUUCUUUUAAAGCUCUGCGGCAUAGGUUGGCGCUAUAUAAAUGCUAUUAACUAUCUUUCUCUGUGUGUCUCUCUGUAUGAAAGAGAUCUAUCGGCAUACAUAUGUAUUAAAAGAUUUAUGUUUGUAACGUUGGGUGUAAUGCUAACUUUCCACCCAUUAUGUAAGUGAUUUUUGCAGUGAAAAUUAUCGCAUUUUGGCCUCUGGUUCUUAAUCCAUUCCCCCCUCCCCCCUUUUCUUGGCACCUCCUCCCCACAUGAGGUGCCCAUUAAUGAGCUGAAAAUUCCUGGCAUGUCACAGGAGAGUGAAGCUUUUUGGCAAUCAGAAGUUUUCUCAGCUGCUGAUUUACCUAUUUACAGGCCAACUAUUAAACCCCUGUGAUAGGAUGAACGCUGGCCCAUGUCACACAGCUGUGUAGGGACAUGCAGCUGGAACAGCUUGUAGCUUGCAGUCUUCCCCAGAAACCAUCCGGUCGCUGCAAGCUCUGGAGUCAGGGGUUCUGUGCAUUACAGAAGGUAUGUAAGCUUUUUGCCUCUAGCCUUGAUGUGUGGCGGAGAGCAAGGCUGGAAUUUCUGUUUUGCUUUGACUGGUCUUUGUCUAACUCUACAAUAAUCUGCCCAUUGCUGGAGAUAUGCUACAUCUUGUGCAUGUCCUGUGUAUUAUAAGAGCUGUGUGUAAAGUUGUCUUUUACUUGAAAUGUUUUAAAAGUAAACAUUUUAUGUCUGUUUUUGUACUUGCUGUGUAUGAAGGUUACGUUAUAUUGUGAAACUACAGAUAAAAGUCUUGAUGCCUUAGAUAGGUUUCAAGGUUAAUACCAUUUAGAAUGUAGAACUCGGAGUACCAAGAUCUGGUUUCAUAUUUGCCUUAUGAUUUGCCUUUUCCUGAGCGUGUGUAUUUAUUUUACGGAAGGUAUCAGUUUUGUUCUAGAUUUGUAUUGUAGUACUCCAUGCUCCUAUUUAAAUAAAAUAAAAACAUAAAAAAGCACUUUAUAUUGAAGUGGAACUGUGCAAUUUUGGAUAUAACCUACAAAUUAUUAGUGAUUAAUACAUAUUUAUUUAGACCAGCAUGUUUCUCUGUUUUUGAAGUAGUAGUUUUCCUGGAAAAGGCAUAAUUCUAUAGUUUAAGCUAAUUUAUCAGUGUUUAAUUUUUUUCAUGGCCUUAUGCCGAGAGAUUUUAAACCCAGAGGGUCUAUGGUAGGAUACAGGUUUAUCCAAUGGCUCGUAUGCAAUCCCUUUCAAAUUAAUUGGACAUAAAUUAAACUCAAAUGCGGAUAUGUCACGUCAAAAAUAGGUGCUCCUCAGGACAUAGAGCUAAAUAAGGAGCAAUCACCAUGGAAACCAAUAGAAUGUUUGUUUAUUAACAAAAAGCAUGUUUGUUUGUUUUUUACCUAAAAAAGCAUUUUGCCUUUAAAAAACCAUUCACACCCUUUUUGAUUAUUUUUUAAGCUCGGAAAGUCUGACUUUGCUAAUUUACCAUUUUGGGAUAAAUCUUGCAAUUCUGUUAGUUCAUAGGCAUCAGUAUUUAGUGAAUAAUUCCAUGGGGGUGUGUGUGUGUGUGUGUGUGUGUGUGUGUGUGUAUGUAUAUGUAUGUAUAUAUAUAUGUGUAUAUAUGUGUAUAUAUAUAUAUGUAUAUAUGUGUGUGUAUAUAUAUAUAUAUAUAUAUAUAUAUAUAUAUAUAUAUAUAUAUAUAUAGAUAGAUGGCAGAGGAGUAUGGCUACAGGUUUACAGAAACAAACACAAUACAAUAGUAUAAUACUGUAAAUGAAUGUUGAAACUGCGCAAAUAUAAGUAGAACUCACAAAAUGUAGGUGGUAAAAUCGCCUUAGGGUGCCUCCCCUAUGCACUGAGCAUACUAGUAGGCUAAUCACAUGCACACUACACAUGCAGUUAUCAUCACUCUUUCACAGUCGUAACCUCAUCUUGCCCCUCUUACUAUCUUUCAUCAUUUUCCUGUCCACUGUGUUCUCUUCCGUCUCGCCUUUCUUUCUUGACCUUCUGUUAGUUUAACUUUGCUCUUUCCAUGUCAUUGUCCCUUUGCUCCUCUUCCUGUUUUAUUUCUCCUCUCUCUGCCUCUCAGGUGUGUUAUUUUUAAUUUAUUUUAUACCUGUCUGUCUUUUUCCAAUGAUCUUCUCCUCCCGUACAUUCUCUCAACUCAUUAUCUCCUAUUUCUGACAUUCCCUUGUCUGUUGCCUAAUGCUCUUCUCCACACAUUAUUGUACAAAUAUCUCCCCCAGUUUCUCCCACCAUGUUCUUUUUAGUGUCUGUUCUGCCCUAAACCUCUUCCCCUCCCUUUAUAUUUUAUCCCAAACCAGUCUCUCUCUACCCGUCAUUUAUAUUGGAAUUGUACCAUAUUUUACAGAAUAUCAGAUCCAUCCAUAUAUUUGAACUAGAGAUUUAGAAGGGGGGGGGAGGAGGAGGAGGAGGAGGGGGAGGGGGAAAUGCAAGCCAUUGAAUAUCUUAAACCCCCUUUAAUGUUUUUCCCCUUCCCCAAACCCAUUUAGUGCCUCUUCUACCCACCUUCCCUUUGUGUCACUUGCACCCAUGUGACUCUGACCUCCUGUUGUAAGGUGGGCACGCAGACCAUGGUAAAUUAUCUUGGUUAUCUUAAAAUCAGUCUGACCGGAGGAUGUUUGCCAAGAGGCCACAUUACACAUUUACUGGUGGGAGGGAGAAUCUAUAUGCACCCCUCUCCUACCAGUCACCCUGACGAGUAGGGACUAGAAAAUAUUUGAUAGAUUAAGUUGAUGCUUCAGUGAAUAAGUGUAGUUUCUCAGGGAAGGCAUUGAUGGCCAGACAGGUAUCUCAAGGUUAAGAAAAGGUACUGCAGGGAAAGAAUUAGAGAUGCCCAUCUGAAGAAUUGAGAAGAUGUUGCCCAAAGGCCUGCUGUGCAGAUAUACAAGCGGGUGCUGCAGUUAGAGCUAGCACAGUGGACAGAGCUGUGUGAGAGGAACUGAUGGAGCAGACUAUACAGAACAUAUUUCUGCCUUUGUAUUCUUUUUGCUAGUGCAGUAGCCCACACAGGAAACCAUGAAAAGAAUUACAUCGGCAGAUAGCACAACCAUAUCAAAUGGUUGCAAGAUGUUAAAUUAUAUGUUGGUUUUGUCUUGGAUUAAGAAAAUAUACUGCUGUAAACUCCCUUUAUGAAAUGAAUUUAUAUAGUAAUAGAAAGUAACAAUUUCAUAAUUAUUUCAAUUACAUCACUGUCUCAUUCUUUGUGACUCAUCACCUCGCAAUGAAAAUGUCUGUCUGUCCGCAAUGCCAACCAUGCUGCUCUGCUUACUUAUUGUGUGCAGUAACCCAAGUUAAAACAUGUUAGAUGUUAUGGGUAGUCCCAUCUACACACAUUUAUUCUGCUUUAGUUUGUUUAAUCAACAAUGCUCCCCACGUUGGAUUGCUCUUACCGGUUUCAGAAUAAACAGUCCACCCAUGGCUUCGUUACUGUAGCAGUCACAGUUUAUUUUGGCAUGUUUAUGAAUGGAUUUUAAUGUGAUCAUGUCUGCUACACAGGACACUGCAGACCCAGCAAUAAUAAGUUUCAUUUAUUAAAAAAAAAAAAAGUAAAUAAAGCCAUCGUUACCUGUUCUCGUUCAUAAUUUUCAUGAAUGAAGCCAAGAGUGAGAUGAUUUAAAACUAUUGUAGGAAGCUGAACUACAACUACUGUAACCCAUUGCUUUACAAGGAUUUUGGGAUAAACUUGGUGCACCUAUAGAAAUGUGAUAUUUCAUGAUGUUUUCCCAGUAUGAUAUUUUCUCUCUAGUUUUCUAGCUUUAGUUGGGAAUAUUUAACUUACUUUUGUUUUUUCGUUUUUUUAAUUUUAAUUUGAAAUUGCACAUUUUCAGAUUUAACCCCUUAAAGACACAACUUCUGGAAUAAAAGGGAAUCAUGACGGAAUAUUUCCAUCAUGUGUCAUUAAGGGGUUAACUUUAUUGUUUGUUUUUUUUGUUUUUGUUUUUUUAAUUCAAUGAAUAGCAUAUCAGCAGGUAGGCCAGGUCCUCCUCAAGUAUAAUCAUCAUGUGUACGCAGCGAUGUAUUUAUCAUGUCACUGGAAACUGGUAGGAGCUAAAUUCUGUGGCUGAACUCAGCAGUGUAUUGUGCAGGUUUUUAAAUUUAUUUAUCUUUCUUACUUUAAAGUUUUCGUGUCACUACUACUGAAACAGGAACACUUCUCUAAUAGUAUAUUAUGUAGAUUCAAUCUGGAUUUAAAUAUUGACCCCUUUCCGUCAGGAUACCUGUCAUCACAGUUUAUUUUUUAUUUUUUAUUUUUUUAUUGUAUUUGUUUAUUUUAAAGCCACAUGCAUUGUGUAAAAUCAUUAGCUGUAGAGAGCUUUAGAGAAGCUUCCUCUGACAGGCUGAGGCACCUCCUUUCCUGGGAUUAGGUAGUCCGGUCUAAGUGAGAAGCCACCAUGUGAAGUUUGUCUUUCUACUUGCAAAUCAGCUGCCAAAUGGGUCUCUUGUCCUAGUAAUUUGUGUUUUUAGGUUUUUACUUUGUGAUAUAAAUAUAUAUCUCUCUCUCAAAAAGUUUUUGGGGGCACACCCAGGACAUGCAUCUUGCAGGAAUGGUGGUGCUGUAGUGAUCAAAAUAUAUACAGAUUAAGGAACAGCGCACACAUAAAAAUACAUGUCAAAAUUUUAUAAGGCUACUUAAAAUCACCCAUCUCCGCAAACAAAUAUGAGGAUUCAGUUCCACCAUAUGGCCAUAUUGUGUUAAGCCCACCACUACUUCAUAGUACCCCAAUAUCGGUGGGUCCUUCACAGGGCCGGUGCAAGGAUUUUUGGGUACAUAGGCGAAGAUGCCUUUUUGGGGGGCUGCUGGGAGGUGUGCGGCUGUGGUAGAAUCAGAGGUGGCGAGGGAACUCGGAUCUCCCUGCUCUGCUCCCUCGCGGGCUGUCUACUGAUGCCGAGAGCCGGAAUAUGACGUCAUAUUCCGGCUCCCACUGCAUCAGCAAGGGAACAGGGAGAUUAGAGCUCCCUCACUGUCUCUGAUUCUACCACAGCCGCACGCCGGGGGGCCAUAACGUGGCCUAUUAGGAAGGAGUGCUUCACUCCUGCCGGUCACUAGAAUCUUGCGCCCUCAGAGCCACCUCAUGGACGUGCCGACUCUGGUCCUACACUAAUUCCAACAUGGGAGACAAAUUAAACUGUGCUAGUGAGAAAUAUUGACGUAUAAUACUCAUAAAUGUCUUAAUCUGCAAUAUAUUUUAUUAUAUAAAAUAACAUUUUGUAUAAAAAAACAAACAAAAAAACUUGUAUAUCACAAGUUACCAUUUUUCCAAUUUUUUUUACUUGCAUAAAUUAUAUAGAUAUUCUGCAAGCUUCCUAUUUAAGAAGGGUAUUAUAUAACUUCAGUCUCAAGGAUUUCUUCUUUCUUAUUCUUUGCAACCAAUCAUUAAACACACAUACACAGAGAAAGAUGUGCAUAUUAUUUUUUCUUUUUUUCUUUAGUGGAGUGAUUCGUUUCAAUGUACAUCAGGCACAGCAUGGUAAGCUGAAAAAAUUGUUUUUCAUUUUCAGCGUGGCAGUCUUGUGCGACGUUUUAUUAGGGAUGUAUUAAUAGUAUUUUUAUCCUCUAUUGAGUCUGUUGAAAUAACUAUCGGUUGAAAAACCUGCAGUGAAAAUUAUGAUGGUAUCGGGAUUAUUCACUAAAGGGAGAACUGUCAGGAAGUCAAGGUGAAUUUAAAAUUUAAGGCCAAUAUAACCAAUCUAAAAACAGAAUUGAGUAGGAGUAUGCUCACUAAGCUGUUAUUUGAGUAAGUGUUCAUAGUAUGUAAUAUUCUGCUCCCUGUGUCCACAGUGCUUCACAGUACGUGCGAUCGAGGGGGGCACUAUGAGAUACUAUAGUGCUAAGAAUCUAAUUUUGUAUUGUAGCACUAUAGUUUUUCUUUAAGUCAAAGGACACAUCCUGUCAGAGGAGAUACUAUUCCUGUUUCUCUUCCCCCACUAACUGUAUUCUCUUCUGGCCAUUGAUUGUCUCCACCUCCAGCAGGAUAUUUGAAGCUAGUUGUUGAGAGAUCUUGUGCAGACUAACAGGUACUAAGGCUCUUUGUUUAAUGGUCAACGCUUAGGACAGUGAUUGACGGGGAUGGUGACGUGAUGAUGAAGCUAUACUUUGUGUGUGCAGUGUUUCUUUAAACUGUUUCUUUAAACCUCACACACGUUCUAUUAUUAUACUUGUAUCAUUUUAAUUGUUGCUCAUUACAGUCAGUGAUUUCUCUUAGCUUUGUGUACCACCCAUUCUUACCAACUCUUGCUGCCUAUUUAUGUGUUCCGAAUCGCUUCUAAUGAUGGUCUAGUCCAGGGGUAGGCAACCUUUAGCAGCACUGUGCUGAAAUAGGAUUGUGAUGUCCCGUAGUGUGCCGGUCCUAUUUAUUUAUUUAGAGGUGUGUAUAUUGCCAUAUUCUGCUUGUUAUUUGUACAGCAGUUGCUUUGUAUCGUUGUAUUUGUCCGAAUAUGAGCUAUUAUAUUGUAUAUGUUCAUGAGUAGUUGGUGCUAUUGUGUAUGAUACCUAUGAAUGGGGGCUGAUUGUGGAAUUGUGUGGGUGGGUGGAUAUGUAACAUUGUGUGUUUGGUAGUGUGUGUAUGUGUGGGGCUGUUUGGGGUAUUGCAUGUGAGAGGCUGAAUGUGGGGUUGUGUGCAUGUGUUGUUAGUGGUGCUGAGUUUGUACGGAUUGUGUGUAUGUUUUCUUGUGGGCUGUUGGUAUUAUUUGUAUGAGGGGAGGGUUAUUCUGCAUUUCUGUGUAUAUCUAGCAGUGUGGGUGGCUUCCCUGGGUUCCAGUGGGGACCAGGCUGGCCAGGUACAGGUGAAGGACAGGAGCUGCAACAGCUCCCUAUCUGGAGAGCUGGCGUGGAUCUGUCCCUGGGGUGCAGUGGGGCUGCUGGAAGGCAUGCGGCUAUGGUAGAAUCAGAGGCAGCAAAGGAGCUCUGAUCUCCCUGCUCUGCUCCCUCAUAUUCCGGCUUCCGCAGCAUCAGCAAACUGCGCUGCCUCUGAUUCUACCACAGCUGCACGCCGUGCCAGGGGAUCCAGAAGGUGGCCUGGUAGGAGGGAGCACUUCCCUCCUGCCGGUCACUGGAAUCUUGCACCCCCAGAGCCAGUGGGCUCUAAGGCAGCCACCUGUGCCACCUUAUGGACGUGCUGGCCCCGGGAAGGGGGCUCUUUUUAAAGAGAUGUUUUGCUAUAAAUGUUCAAGGUGUGAAUGCCCAAUACAUUCUCUGCAGGAGGAAUAUUUGUAUUUGUUUUAACAGCACAACAGUGUGUCCUUGAAUUAUAAAUGAACAAUUUGCUGCACACUUUUUUUGUUUAUAUUUUAUUCCGCUGUUUAUAUAUUGUAGCAUUUUUGUUUUUGGUUUUUUUAGCACUGACUAGACAUUUGUGUCACAGUAUAUUUUAUGACUGAGUCGUAGGACAAAUUUGGUUCACAAUUAUCAUUUAUAUUGCACUAACCUAUUCUCUAGCGCAUCACAAUUAUAGAAAGGGAAUAAUAACGGUAAAGAGUUUUCUGCUCAAACGAUUUUACAAUCUAUGAACGUGCUCUCCUACCACACAUUUAUAGAAAAUCCGUCCUUUGGAAUUUGAAAUGUAUUUUGCAAUUUAUUGGAAUUAAUGCUCUUGGUUUUAUAAAGGGGUUUGUCGAUAAAUUUGUUUUCCCUGUGAAGACCACAUUGUUAUAAGUAUCUGAUUUAAAGUAGUUUUGUUUUAGCAAGUUUUUUUGGGGGGAGGAGGUAAUUGAAAACACACUAUAUGACAAGUUUUCUCUCAAUACUCCUGGCCUGUUUUGCGGCAGGCUAAUAUAGAUCUUAUAUAUUCUUCUCAUCCUCAAUCUCGUAGCAUUCUGUAAUGUUAUUAAAAAUCCCGAUUUGAGAAUAUGAGGCGAAUAUUUCACAUACUUCUAGUCCUCCUACGGGUAUAGGCAGAUAGCACCCAUCUGGGCCUUUUUAUUACAUUUUAAGAAACUUGAUCAUUCUAAAUAUAGUUGUUGGUUUUUUCUUUAUUCUAUUUACUAAGUUAUUUUUUUUUUAUGUAUCUGUUCAUAUAUUUGACAAUGCCGUACAAAAGGUAAAUUUAAAUUUUCAAUAAAUCUUGGCAUGUGGGAAUAAGCUGCACUGCUUCCACAAUUUGGAACCGUGGAAAAGGGUGUAUUUAAAAAAAAUAAAGACAAAAUGUAAUGUGUUUUUAGUAGGAAACACUUCUCACCAAAUGUAUUUAAACCCUUAAGGACCAAACUUCUUGAAUAAAAGGGAAUCAUGACAUGUCACACAUGUCAUAUGUCCUUAAGGGGUUAAGCCAUACUGACCAAUAAACAUUACUGGCAUACAUUAUUUGUAUGUAUUUGCCGUGUUAAAGCGAUAAGGGAUAUUUUGUAACUAGCUAGAGCUAUGUGAUUUUAAGUGGCUGUGUCACCUUUCCUAGAAACCAGAGUACGUCAUAAAGAUAAAAUCUUCAAGCAGUACUCAGAUUGACUGUGUUGGUAUUUCAACGCAGUCUAAAGCUAUACUAAGACAAAAUAAGGACUGAUCUGUCUUAUGUUUAUAAACAUAAUGGACUUUAGCCCUUUUUUAACCUAGACUACUAGGUAACUAUGUAACUACAUUCUCCCUGUGCGUAACAAAACUCGUCGAAAGGUUGAGCUACAUCUAUCAAAUUUUGCAGUUUCACUAGUAACGGCUCUGGGGGGAAAAGGCAUUGUCUAUGGAAGUUUCUGCAGGAUCCUCCAUAGACCUUAACACAGCACUGCCAUAGGCUCCUACACCAGAUGAUGGUGGUGGUGUCGGCUGUGAGGGACAGCUUCAGGUAAGUAAAACGUACUUUCCCCUGCACACUCAGGCCACCAAGCUGCAAGCUACGAUGUCACCAACAGCUGUCCUCAUAUUUUCACUUCUUUAAAAGAUAUUACAUUUAAUGAAAUGUAAUUCUAUAUUUUUUUAAAUGAUGUAUAUUAAUUGAUUCCCACACACACUUUUUUUUUAUCUGGCUGAGCAGCCAUGUUGUGUCUGAGUCUACUGUUAUCUGACCAAUUGCUUUUCAACCCAACUUCCCCGCUGCAGUGAUUGCUCUGUGUGAAAAUGUAGAAGCAGGCCCGUUAGGUUGAGCAGCAGUUGCUCAGAUAACAGUAGAGUCUGACCUAAAAUGGCUGCUCAGCCAGAUAAACAAAUAUACAUCAUAAUAAAAUAUAUAAUUAGGUUUCAUUACAUUUAAUAAAAAUUUUAAAAAAAAAAUAAAAGUGAAAAUGUGAUGACUGUUGUCCUUAAAAGGCACACUCCUGACCCCUUAAGCACUUUAUCUUGCUGAAAUGCAUAAAGGGUAAUCUCUUGUAGUGGUACAUUUCAUGAACAAUUACACUCCCAACCUAUUGACACCACCUCCUCUCCGUUAGCACCCCAUUUAAGAAAUGACUCAAGAUAGCAGGCUGGAGGGAAAGGCCAAUGCUGGUCACGUUAAUUUACAUCACCAGGCCAUCAAAAGCGUUCAACGGAGCAACCAUAAGAGAAAUAUAUAAACUUAACUUAAUUAAGUAGGGUGGCGGCACUGAGGGACCAACUACACUGCUUUGCCAACAAGAGGAUGUGGCUCAACCUUAUUCUGCAUCCAUAGUAUCCGCCCAAGCAUAUCUUUGGCGAAGCCAGCCUACCAAGGAACUGUGGCUGGGUGCCCCAGACCAGCCAAUGCCAGAGAGGGAGAAAAUCCCAGCCACCUUGCCACUGUCACACCAUCUCUGCAACUAAAUCCCAAGCCGUAUCCUCCUGGUCUAGAGGGAAGGCAAAGACAAUCCCACGCAAUAGGGUCAACUUAAUAUCCAGGCCAAAACAAACCAACAGGUUCAGCUUGUAGGGGUAAACUAACAAACGGGCUACUCCCAGUGGCAAAUUUGACUAAAAGGAAAACAGCAGAAAAGGGAAGGGAGGGAGAGCUUGAGAACUAUUUAGGAUCCACAGACUGAGAACAGGAAUGGUGAGUCUUCAUAUAUGUUAAAGGAAGUACCACAACAUGAAACAAUGUUGCAGUUCACACCUGGGGACAAACCCCCUUAAUUUAUCUCUUGGCACACUAUGGGUCUCAGCACUCACAUUGUGUCGUCAUUUUUUUUUUUCUCCUCCAUUUUACAAAUUGAAGAUUUUAAUACAAAUUGGCACAGUAUUAUUAUUAUUAUUAUUGCCAUUCCUAUAGCACCAACCGAUUCUGUAGUGCUUUACAAUAUUACAAGAGGGGGAGAUUUAACAGUAAACGAGACAAAUACAGAAACUUACAGGAACAAGCUUACAGUCUAGAGGAGAUUACACUAGAACAAGGUGGGAGCAAAGCAGAGCUGGAGGAGGGAGUGCUGCCUUUUAGGAGAGAACAAGGGACAAGUAUGUGAGGUAGAGGUUACUCUUGGAGACUAUAAGCUUUUCUAAAGAGAUGGGUUUUAAGGCACUUUUUAAGCGAUUGAAGACUAGGGUACAGUCAUGGUAGUAGGAAGGCUAUUCCAAAUGAAAGGAGCUGCCCACGAGAAGUCCUGCAGGCGUGAGUUGGCUGUACAGGUGUGAGCAGUGGGCAGAGGUUCUAAAUUAACCUUAUCAAUAAGAGAAACUGGUCCUGUUACUGGUUUGGUUAGCUCAGUGGAACUAAAGGCAGCAAUUGAGCUGCAUUGCAAAGUCUGUGAUUAGACAUUCACAGAAGUUCUGGGUGGGGUUAGAAGGGGAAGGCUUGCAAAGGCAGCAGACAAGAGAGCUGAAUCUGCAUUGCAGUGAACUCUUUUUUUCAAUAUUGCUACAUUAACCCAGAGCAUGCCUCAGUUUGGCUGUGCCCAAAAGGGUUAAUAUUUUGAACCAGUAACUUUCUCAUUAGUUUCUCCAGCACAGGGGGUUGGCUGCCCCUAUUUUUUUAUUCACAAUGAUUGAAAAUAGUUGGAGAAAAAGCUUGACCUCUACAACAUGCUGUAUCCUAUCUAUAUGAAAUAGUUCCUUGUUGGCAGGAUGGAGUUCACGCUUUGUUAGUGCAACUGCUAAGAAAUACUAGAACAACAGAAAUUAAUUAUUACACCCCCAUCCCAUACUGAUUUCAUGCACACGACUUUGGCAAGAACAGGAAUAUUAUUUUAGAAAACCUUCUUUCCAGAUGAUGAAUUGAUAUCGUAAACUAAAGUGACUGUUUUCCCUGCGUUUACAGUCCCAUGGUCUGGGUGUUAGAUUCAGGAAUGUCUUGAUUCCGCGAUAUGAGAUAAUUGCUCCAGUAAGACUGAUCUGUGCUGGUAACAGGACCAUAUAACUCACUGCACUGUAAUCUGUUGCAGACCUGUCUGUUGUGAAUGAAGCACAUUAAUCAAAGUAAUUGCUGUGAGCUAUUUUACAGACACAAAAGCUCAACACAUAACAUUGUUUGGCUAGAGGUACUAGUAACACAACUCUUUAACCAUGCUGGUCAGUGCCUGUGCUGAGCAUCUGUUCAGUAACAAAAGUAACCGCUUAGCAUGUCAUAACAUGCCUUGUAAACAUGCACAAAGACAAGAGCAUCUCUACAUUUUAGCAUCUCUACAUUAUACAUUUUACUACACUAAUAAUUUUAAAAACUCAAAAUAUGAAAAGAAUACCCCCUACAAGUUCCCUGUAGUGCAUUGUUUGCAUGGGUAGCUGCAACAGCUGUUGACCACUCCCUGAACAGGAAGAGGUUGUACCAAUCAGGAGCCUCUCAUUUUUUAUUUUUUUUCCUAUUCUAUGCAAUAAAUCACUGCCAGUUAGAUGCAUUCAUUGUUGUUCAGGGAGCAAGGACAUCAAAUGCGUUAAGACUGUGCAUUUUAAAAAGAACCUCUAGUGGCUGUCAGCCUGGUGUGAAUUUGGACUAAUGUAAACAUUGUUGUUACUCAGAAUUGCAAUGUUGUACAUUGUCCAAAAAAAUUGACCGCAUCUCUACAGCCAAACCACUUUAUUAACAAAUAUUGUUGCCUCAUUCAUUUAUCACUAAACCUAAAACCAUAUUAUACUUGACCUAAUGUCUUUUUUACUUUCUCAUAUAUGGAACCCUCCAGGCUGCCACAAAUAAGGGUGUCAAGCUCAGGGGCUUUAAAAAAAAAACAAAAAAAAAAACACUUUAUAUAUACAUGUAAUCCAGUACUGUAACUCAACGUGAACUAGAUGUGAACUAGAUCUAUUGAUAAAGCAGUAUAAUAUAAUUUGGAAACUGAAUUUAUGUAAAAUGUUUAAUGCAUUUUUUUUCUUCUUCUAGAAAAUCAUGCCGCUUGGAUAGGUCGAUUUCUAAUCUAUUUAUUGGUGGAGACAGAACAAAGCCAUGGCAGACCUCCUCACACCUACAGCCUCCAAACCGCCAGAUCUUUGUUCUGAGUGUGGACAACCUCACCACAUCAACGAGAACCACAUUUACAACUUCCAGGAUGAAGUGGACGAUGAACUGGUCUGCCACAUCUGUCUUCAACCCCUGCUGCAGCCUAUGGACACUCCUUGCGGUCACACCUACUGCUUCAGGUGCUUGAAAAACUUUUUGAAGGAGAAGGACUUUUGUCCAAUGGACCGCAAGAAGCUUUGCUUCCAGGAAUGCCAUAAGUCCAGCCUACUAGUCAGGAAUUUGUUGGACAAACUGACUGUGAUCUGUCCUCUUCUGGCAGAAUGUAAGCAUGUCAUGCAGCGCUGUGAACUGGAGCCUCACCUACGCAACAGGUACGUACACUCUUCAUCUUGUCCACAAAACAAUGCUGAGAUUAUCUGAGAAUGUAAAGUAGAAAUCCAUUUUUUGUAAAAAAAAAUUUUUAAAUAAAUGUGGCCUAAAGUGGUGAUCAGAAACUAUAUAAUUGGGUCAUUGAAGAGGCCAGGCUAAUUUAAUGAGCAUUCGUUGACAACCUUCCAUUAUCAAUAGUAUUACCUCCUUUGCUUACAAAGUGUUUUUGGGAGUUUAGUGGCCGUGGGGUGCAGUGGAAAGUAGGUUUACUUGCCUGAAGCUGCCCCUUGCCCUCAGUAAUCUUCUUCCUAAUGGACCCUCUUCAGUUAUUGGUACUAAAUCUGCCAGGAUCAGUCAUAUGUGAGAGUGCAACACUGAGAUCUGUGGAAGAGACUGCGGGAACCUCCACAGAUCACACCUCGCGGUUAGUGAGAUGGUGACUAAAUCACACAGUGGUUGCUCUGAUAUCUGCUGGAAUUGGACAAAAGUUGACUUUCGAGGACUGCCUUUUGUUAACCUCUGGCUAGUCCCUACUUUGUUUUGUUUUAUGGGAUCUUUGGGUUGGGUUGGAAUUUCAGUGAAAUUCCGUAAUGUUAACUUUCACUUACCGAUUUCUCUUCUUCCACCUCUCAGCACCCCGAUAAUAUGAUAUAGUGAACUUUCAACGUUUUCCUCUGCACUGAGCAUUUACUACUGAAAAUUACAGCUAGCUCUUGCUUGAAGUUUAAUGUUGGCUUGUGUAAUAUUGACUCUCACCGAAAUUUGUAUUUAAAAACUGUUUGGGAAGGUAAAGGUGCUGCCAGAUGAAUCCGUCUUUGCCUAGUUUACUGAUUAUAUUUACAUUAGAUAAUUCAGUUCAAAUAUAGGGUGUGGUACAUUAAAUAGCUUAAUGUGCCUUCCUGUGGAGAUGUGGUUUCGGUGAUCAGUAAACUCUCUACAGCGUGGUUUGCCAGCUGCACCUACAACUCCCGCCAUUCUCAGUCAGCUUCCAGCUAAAAGGUGUGAACCCGUCAGCACCUGGGUUCUUUAGUUUAAUUUGCAGCCACCUACUCAUGACUUGGUGCUCGUUUAGUGGGUGUUUUUUCUAUGUUUCUACUACUUUAAUGUUGCUGAAAGCCCAGCUUUGCUAAUAUUUUUAUUAAAAUACUGUCAUUUUAUUUAAUUGUGGUCUAUUUGAAUUCAGCUCCUUAGGUGCUUGCUGUGUAGUGGCAAAGCUGUCUGUCUGUAUGUUCUGUGUUUACUUCAAUCACUGCCUUGUUGGCAGAUCUUCAAAGUGGGCAAAGUUCUGCUUUUCCUCUUUAACAAUGCAUUGAUAAGAGAACGUCUGAGGAAUUUUUACUCCGCAAUUAUAAAGGUGUGACCAGGUCGUUCUGCAUAAUAUACUGCAGGUUUUAUUUAAAGCUGGAAAUGGCUAAAUUCUUGUACUUGGAUUGAAAAUGUGUCUGAAAAACAUAGAGUGCAAAGAGUUGUUUCAAUAAUUCAGACAUUUUAAGCGUAAAGCGUAGUGCCUCAGGGCUCUGGCUUGGGUCUACUUCCCUGUGAGUUUGGUAAUAAAUUUUCUUUGUAGUUGCAAGAGAUAAAAUAUAGUUAAAUGCAUAGAGAUUUAUUUAGAUUUUCAUAAACUUAAAUCUUGGCUUAAAAGAGGCAGAAAUGAUUCACCCCACACAAGUGCAAGAGACGGUUAUUAUAUUUUAUUUGUACAGCAUCAGAAUUUUCCACCGCAACUUUACAAUUAUGCACACGAGGUCUGAUGAAGGUCCUGUUCAAACAAGCUUCUUAUCUAGGAUAUUAAUGGUACAGAGAUCUUGUCAUUCAAAAAGUGCUAUGACGAAUGGAAAGAAACAGUUUUUUACCUCUUUAUUAGUCAAGACUUUACCAAAAACCCAGUUUGAGUGUCUUGCAGGACAGUUUUGGACUUCAGAAACAUCUGGGUGGGGGAGAUGUUUUAAAUGUAUUUCUUAUAAUACCUUUUUCUAGUCCAACUCUAUUACUUGAUAAAUGAUCUCAGCAUCUCUGUAUUUGGUUCCUGUAUUUGUUGCUAAUAUGCCUUUUAUUGAGUCAAGCCUGGCCCCUAAAUGCCUAGUUACAUUGGUCAUAGGUAAAAUCCCUACCUCUGCAAGACUUAAAACACUGUGCAUGCAUACUCGUACAACCAUGACCAGUUCAAACGACCUUUAAGUGACAGCAGCUGUAAAACUGCCUUCUCCACUGGUUCAUCUAUCCCUGCAAACAGGGACCAGCUAUCCGCUUCUCUAUUGCGAUAUUCUGUUAUCCUAGUAUUUUUCAAAUAUUUAUAACACUUAUUUGCCCUUUGCUCCAGUGCUGAUUUUCACUAUGCAGGAAAACAAUAUUCCCUGCUUCAUCCCGUCUUGCCUGUAUUCCUUAUUUCAUUAUAGGUUAUAGAUUUGUGGUGUUGGCCAAAUUACUUUACCUACUGUGAUGGUCAACUUUGAUGCUUAUUGACUUGACUUCAGUUGUAUAUCUUAGGUGACCUCACAGCUCACCAGCUUACAUAUUACUACGGUACUUUGAUUCCCUACGGUCUGAUUAUUUGUAUGGGUUUUUUUUAGUUUUGUUUUUUUUUAAGAAAAAUGUAAAUGGUUAAGAGAGGAGCUAACAAAAUCUAACUUUUCUUUUGCCAUUUAUUUUAAGGAUAUUUUAGAUUAAUUCUGAAUUAAAGGGACACUAUAGUCACCAGAACUACAGCUUAUUGAAUUUGUUCUGGUGAGUAGAAUCAUUACUUUCAGGCUUUUUGCUGUAAGCUCUGUCUUUUCAGAGAAAAUGCAGUGUUUACAUUACAGCCUAGUGAUAACUUCACUGGCCACUCCUCAGAUGGCUGUUAGAGAUCCUUCCUGGGUCAUGGCUGCCUAAAAUGCAUCCAAACAUUCAGUGUCUCCACCCUCUGCAUGCAGACACUGAACUUUCUUCAUAGAGAUUAAUUGAUUCAAUUCAUCUCUAUGAAGAGAUGCUGAAUGACCAGGGCUGUGUUUGAAUCAUUCUGGCUCUGCCCCUGAUCUGCCUCUUUGUCAGUCCCAGCCAAUCCUAUGGUGAAGCAUUGUGAUUGGAUCAGGCUACCACUUCUGAUGAUGUCAGCAGACUGUUCGUUUUUCUGAGUCUAACAGCAUGCAGAGUUACAGCUUCAGGCUUAAAUACAGUAAGAUUUUUACUAUAGUUAUGGAGGCAUGAGGGGCCCAGGGGGGCUAGAUGGUGGUUUUAACCUUAUAGGGUCAGGAAUACAUGUUUGUGUUCCUGACCCUAUAGUGAUCCUUUUAACAUGUAUCCUUACAAUUUUUAUUUAAAGCAUUUAAACCUGUUUGUCCCACUUAUGACAAAUUGCUGAAGUGAAAAGGACCUAGAGAGAAAUGAGCCAACAGACAUUUCAAACAAAGCUUUGAUGCGGGUUUUAUACUCCAGAAUCCAACCUAGUUAUGAUGUAUUCUACUUAACUGUUGUGUUGCAUUAUCGUACAUAUUUUGUAGGGCUACAUUUACAAGGAAUACUUCAGAAAGAUAGUCACUUUGCACCGUGGCAUUUAUACACGCUACUGGUUAAUAAUUGCAUAGUCCAGAUUUGCUUACCAGUCUGUAAAUAUAACACUGUGUUUCAGGUCUAACCAUGUGUUUGCCACAUGAUGCAGGUUGAACUUGAACCCUCUGGGUAGAAUACAGAGUACAUCUAACAUAUUGUAAUGAAUUCCUUUGGUCUCUCCAGUGGCAAUCUGUGUGUACUGCACUAAACCAGCACAGAUCAUUUAUUCAAUAUAUUAUAAAUAUUCAUAAAAGGGGUACAUUUUGGAAAGGCCACCCUUUUUUUUUUAUUUUUUUUAAUUUUGUGAUAGUUUUUACUUUUAUUUACAGUGAAAUUGAUGUUUAAAAGAUAUAUGACCAAGAGGUGUGCACUUUUGUGAAGCCUUUGGACUGAGGUCCUUUGAAAUGAUCAGACUGUGUAUCAGGCUACUGAAUUAAUUUAGAAUUUAAACAAAGGGCAAAAUACCAUGUAAAUGUCAAACGUUGCUUGAAAAGUAUAUCUGAAAACCAUAGGUCCCAGAAAAGUGUGUGGGUUUUUUCUUGUUUUUGUUUUUUUUUUUUGGUCAUAGAACUUUGGUCAUAAAAUAAUACCAGGAACUCCUUAAACUCUCUUGUAAGCUGAACUGAGAAAGACCGGAUUUCCUUUUCAGUGGUUCUGUAUAUGCUGUAGACUUAUAGCACAUGCAUUAUUUGUAUGCUUGGAGGAACAGUGGAGACGCACAUCACCUCUCUCCGUAGCCCAUCUCGUAGGAUAUUGGUAAUGGAAGAGGGUAAGAAUUAAGGAUAAUGGCCACAAAAAGCAAAUGUGUUUUUAUUGCUUAGUGUGAUGUCCCCAUGAUGCAGGGGAUCUGACAGGCAAAUCACUUAAUGUAUGUAUUGCCUUUAUUUUUACCUGAAAGAGUGGUUUAAAAUUGGUAUAAAACACAUUUAGUAAAAUGGGUCCGCAAGAUAUAGCAUUUAAAAUGGAACUAAGACUUACAUGCUCUUUACUUGUCCUACAUUGUAAUUUAAAGGAUGAUCGCUUUGCGUCUAUUGUAGGUGCGUUGGCUUCAAGAAAUACAGAGCAGAGACAGAAAGAAAGCGGAACCCACUCUCCAUGGGGAAGGAACAUCAGGAUGCACAAACGCAGAUGCCCCAAGCAAGUGGAGUCUCCGAUAUUUUAGCUGAAUCUUCUAUGGCUGCUAUUGUAGCUCUUGGAACGUCUGAGCCUGGUCUGGUGAAUCCAGCAUUCGAUGAGCAGGAUGAUGGUGAGAAUUCUGAAACUAUUUUAUUUAUUAUUCAGGGGCAUUAGUGCAGAGUACUCGUAUGUCUGUCUACAUGGCUCAAUAUUUAUUUAUUUUUUAAAUCUUUGAUUAUAGAUCAUCCUCAGAGGACAAGUCUGGUAGCAGAAACAAACACCAUUGAAAUACGUCGAAAUGACCCUGAGGAUGAGCUUGGGAUGCGGAUUGUGGGUGGUCGGGACACACCUCUUGGGAACAUUGUAGUUCAAGAAGUUCUGAAAGACUCACUGGUGGCCACAGAUGGCAAACUGACACCUGGAGACCACAUCCUGGAAGUAAGUAACAUUAACCAAUAAUAUUGUAUAUGAUGAUUUGGUCUGACAGUGUCUACAGGGGACACCGUUUUAUCCACUUGCACAUUUUCAUCCUGACAUGGGAUCUUUGCAAUUAGUUAUAGAAAUUGUUUAUCGAAAUUGCAUCUCACAUUUGGGUGUAACACCUCUUGAUCAAUGCCUCCAGGCACCAACAAGAUGCAAUUGGAAAUCUGUCUGUCACCAAACAAUAAUGAAAUUCACACCUACGGAAAGUUGUGUACUAAGUUGUUUAUCCACAUGAAACAGUUUUUUUUUUUUUUUAAAUUGAAAUGUUUUUUUAAAGAAAAGGGAAAACCACUUUCCAUGCCACUGUGCAAAGUCUAACUGACUUUAACAUGUUUCAUUUUUUUGUUUUGUCUUUUUGUACCAUAAUUUGUUUCCACUUUCGGCACAUCUGUGUUCAGUCAGUGCAGCGAUCCUUGUGUACUUCAGUUAUUCACUAGACCUCUUCUCAGCCUGCACUCUGCACGUCAGACUGGUCCAUGAUGGAACUCUCUAUCUCUGAAUCCUUCACUUUCACAGUUAAGCUAAACUCACAGAUCCUAGCAUUUCACGUGUGGAACAUAACCCUUGCUCACGGUGCCUAGAGAGAUAUCAGCUAUGCCUCACUGAUGAUGCCUAACAAGGCUGAAACGAUCGUCUGAGGUUGCUGUGUCUCUCUUGCAGAGGGCAGGCUAUAUCAGUUGCUGUCCGUUCUCAGAAUACUCUUGCAACCCGUUUCUUUUGCUCUGGAAUAUAACCACUUUUGUUUGGUCCAUAAAAUAAUUCUAAAUGUUACCAAUUUGAAACACACAUAAGCCUAGCAAGUGCAGUUCAUUGUUUUGCAGUGUUAAGAUAUGUUGUGCCCUUUCUUAUACAUAGAUAUCUAUUGCUAGCCGUGCCUCCUUGGCACACACAGCAACAGCUUGACACAACCUUUACGCCCAACUUCAGCCAAUCACUAUCUCAUUUUCCUUGCUGCUACGUAUUGAGGGCUUGCAGCAGAAGCAAUGAGUGGGCAGGAAUACUCAAAAAUGAUUGCAACAGCACAAUCCAUUUUUCUUUUCCUCUCUGUAGAAUAUCUUUAAUUUAUAAGUGCUUGUAUUGCCUCUCUAUGGUAAUAUAGACAUUUUCUUGACAUUGUUUUUUUGAGGGAAAAAAGAGAGAAAUUAUUACAAACCAUUAGUAUUUUGAAAAUAUGCAUGCAAAGUCAAAUGAUUGCGCUGUGUAUGCUUUUUAUAAUUCUGUAAGAUGUUGGCCAUGCCUCCCAAGUGUCUGUAUUUGUCAAUAACUGUCCCUAUUUUGGGCCAAAAUUUACAAAUGUGUUUAGAAAUCAGUCUGGUAAUUAAGAUACAUUGUUCUUGUUUUAAAUUACAUUUUAGUAGCAUACAUUUUUAUUAGUAAGUCACCUAAAAAACUUCAGAACAGCCCAGCCCUUGCCACCCCUAAAAUGUUCCUCUUUGUCCAUAUGAAAUGUUGGGAGGUAUAAUGUUUGCUUAAUAUACAGAUAUAAUUCAAGAACAAGGUUUCUGUUGUGACGAGUCAUUAAUCUUAAGUUAAGAGUUUACAGAGCCACAUGGUUUUCGUAAAUAGGACACUUGAGUUAAUGCUUUACAAACUACCGUUUUGUUAGUUUAUACAGAAAUUUUCCAAAGCUGGUAGCUGUUUCUUUAGGUUUUUACCUGCUAUGUAACGGAAAACGGUCAUAAUUUGUUAUGUAAAUUAACAGCUUGCACUUAUUGUACUCCUCUGUGCUGUUUUGCAAUGCAUGCAUGUAAAUGCCCAAUUUCUAUGUAUUUGCUAUCUUACCCAUGCUCCAAGGACAGCCAUAUUUAAAGCCAUCUUUGGUCAGAAGCACAUCUAAUCCAACACUAAAACUGUGACGUUAGUCAAGAGCUAGCAUGCGUUCAUGAAUCCAGGCAUCAUGCACAAGUGCACUGUCUGAAAGUUUUAGACUUUCAAACUUUGUUUUAGCAGAUAACUGGUGCUUUUGACCAAAGAGGGUUAAAAAUGGCUGCCCCCACUGAGUAAAUGCAAGCCAGCAUGUAAAGUGGGACCGGUCAGCCUGCCAUGGGAGCGUUAGUUUCACAGAUGCUUUGGCUAGCCCAACUCAGGACAGACCAUGUGUAUAGCAAUCUUGGUACCCUCCGGUUAUUCUGCAUACCAUGCCACAUAAGGAAGACCUCAAUUUCAAGACACCCAUUUCUUUUGAUCUUCUUUUUAGGUCAAUGGAAUGAACAUCAGCAACGUGUCUCAUAGUCAAGCCAUUGCCCUGCUUCGCCAACCCUGUGCUGCCCUGUACCUCACAGUACUCCAGGAGAAAGGUUUCUCUCAGAGAUCUUUACAUUCAGAGAGCAGCAACUCUUCCAGUGCCAACAAGGAAGUAAUCCAUGUCACACUAAUGAAGAGAGAUCGCACUGAGCCACUUGGCAUCAAGCUGGUCAGGAAGACAGAGGAAACUGGAGUCUUUGUUCUCGAUCUGUUAGACGGUGGCCUGGCUGCAAAGGAUGGCAAGUUAAAGUGUAACGACAGGGUUCUGUCCAUCAACGGGCAGGAUCUGAGGCAAGGAACACCUGAAACAGCCGCACAGAUUAUCCAGGUAAUAACCUCUCUGAAUCACAAGCAGCAGUGAGACUCUCAACCACUGAUAUCUCUCAAUGAAUUGUGACAUACAAGUCUGUAAAUCUAAAUGGUAAUAUGCAUCAACGAACAGUCAUAACAAGUACAAAUUAGGGUUGAUGAGGGUACUUUAUAGGAGACUUUUAAAGGAGUAUUCUGUGGUUUCAUUUAAAUAUAUUGUUAAUCUUACAGGAUUUUCACUAAAGUGUAAAUUCAAAGUGAAUUUCAAAUUUGAUGCCAAAUUAUUGAACUGGAAGCAUAGUUGACUUAGAGAAUUUUUGCAGUUCAGCUCUUGUGACCUUAAAUAUUCACUUUGAAUUCUCACUUUUGUGAAUAACCCUGUAAGUGUGUUGCUAUAUAGUCGUAGAAUCGAGUCUUUUAUUUUUUUACAAAAUUUUAAAGUCAUUAAAUGCACCUUUUAUUCCAGUGUUGAUAUGGAUUUGUUUCAGCUGCUCAACCUUUCGUGAAGUCAUGAGGAUUGCUGACUGUUGCCAUUCUCUAUGAGAUGGAUUGGGGACCUGUGGUGCAUUAAAAUAUAUUAUUAUAUCAUGUCUUCACUGAAAUGACCGUAUCCUGAAUUCUGUUUUACAAACGGUUUGUUUUUGGUUUAGAUGAGUGAAGCUCGAGUGAACUUUGUGGUCCUCAGGCAGGUUGCAGCUCAAGCCAUGGAUAUAAGUGAAGAGGGGACUUCUUCUGGUAAUAGCAGCAGCAGCAGCAGUGGUGGGAGCCCUGUACUUCCACGCAAGAGGCCAAAUCAGCGUCCAUAUAGAAGAAAAUCCACAAACCAAAAAGUAAAAACAUUAAAAAUAAUACUGGUUUGUUUUGGGGUUACUUUAUUUUUCCGGUAAAGUGUAAAGUUAAAAAUUACUAUAAAGUUUCGGUAAAACGUAAUCAGAUCAUUAAAAAAAAAAAAAUUUUGUUUUGCAAAUUUUUACUAGUUUAGAAGUUUAGAUUUUUUUUUUUUUAUACAACUAACUUGUAAUUGCAUUAAACCGCCUGCACUCUGCGAUUUUGAAUAUAAACGAAUGUAAUUAAAGGGACACUAUAGUUACCCAGACCACUUCAGCUCAAUGAAGUGGUCUGGGUGCCAAGCAUUGAGAAAUGCUUUCCUAUGGACACUGAAUGCGUGCGCGGCACUUGUCGCGCAUUCAGCUCCGCUAACGUCGGCAGGGGAGGAGAGGUCACCAGCGCCGAGGGAGCCCGGCGAUGGAUUAAGGUAAGUGGCUGAAGGGGUUUUAACCCCUUCAGCACCACGGUAGGGAGACCCUGAGGGUCGCUUUGUUUUCUUGAUAUUAUAGUGAUCAUUUAAAUGAACCAUGUGUUUACCAAAGUAACAAAUGCCCAGUUACCUGUUCUGUGACUUUUGCACCAGGACAAAAAUCUAUUUCAGUUCUUAUCCACCCAGUUGCUGACCCUUGGUUACUUGUUCCGUGGAAUAGCAUUACCUGUUCGUUAACCAUUUUGUCGGAAACCCCGUGGUAGAUGAGGAUUGUGGGAGAUCAGGAUCUGCAACAACUGAAGAGCUACCUGAUAUAGUACAACAUGAACAUCAUUAACAGAACUUUGUUAAUGAGUAAAAUAAUGAAACAUCUUGUUAACUUCUUUAAACGCGUUUGAAACUCAAAUAAGCGCAAACAUUAAAAUGUAGAAUGGAUGAGCUACAGAACUGGGAUAACCUAAGGUAUUUUAUAUACAUCCAUGCCAAAGCACUUUAAAAGCUAAACCAUGGCAUCCAGUAAAAGAAUUAUUGUCAAAACAUGAAUUGUUUCACAAUCCUGGAAGCUGUUUUAAUUUCAGUCAUUAAGCUCUUUGUUAAAUGUUGUUCUUUUCAAAGCAGGACAUGCCUCAGACUCUCUAUGGCGUAGAGAAGGUUGUUACGGUAAAGAAAGAGCCAAGGGAAUCUCUUGGAAUAACCAUAGGAGGUGGACGGGAUCAUAAAAACAAGCUUCCCAUCUUUGUGUCCAGUAUUCAGCCAGUUGGAUGUUUGUACAGAGAUGGCAGAAUCCGCAGAGGUAACAAUCUGAAACAUGGCCUAAUCCUAUUCUAAUUUGCUAAGUUUUGCGCAGUGGUAUUAUGUGGGGUUUUUUUUUCAGGUUUUGAGACAGAAUCUCAGAAGUCUAUGUCCCAUUAGUUUUGCAAACAAUAUGGUAAAUUGCAGUACAAUAUAAUCAGAGGGAUCAAUGUAUGUAUAUAAUAUCCAAAUCUUAAUCUUGAUUCUGCUGAAAAACUACUGGUAGUUGGAUGUAUGGAAAUUGUAAGGAGAGAUACCUGGAAAAUAUUGAUAUAUUAACUCUAAAGUAGAACACUGCAUAGAAUAUGGUAGUAAAUUGGUUCUGUAACCGCAGCUGGUUCCCUUAUUUACCACUAUAACAUCUUAAAGCAUAGAACUUAUUAGGGCUAACCAUACAGAUUUCUUAGCCAUAAUUUUAUAUAGUUAGUGUAAGAGAUCCUCUAUUUAACAUAUAUAAAUAAUUGAGAAUACAAUAUAAAAUAAGGAUUGUCUUGGAAGCAGGAACGUUUUGUCUUUUUGAUAUUUAUUAUAUAAACGUAGACAUGAAAUCCAUUACAAUAAUUUAUAGCAGAGUUUAUAAGAUUAAACUAAAUGUUUGCAAAUAUCAUUAAUAGGUUAAAGGACCACUAUAGUGCCAGGAAAACAUACUCGUUUUCCUGGCACUAUAGUGCCCUGAGGGUGCCCCCACCCUCAGGGACCCCCUCCCGCCCGGCUCUGGAAGGGGGAAAGGGGUAAAAACUUACCUUUUUCCAGCGGAGAGCCUCCUCCUCUCCUCCGUUGCCCGCCGGCUGAAUGCGCACGCGCGGCAAGAGCUGCGCGCGCAUUCAGCCGGUCAUAGGAAAGCAUUUACAAUGCUUUCCUAUGGACGCUGGCGUGCUCUCACUGUGAAAAUCACAGUGAGAAGCACGCAAGCGCCUCUAGUGGCUGUCAAUGAGACAGCCACUAGAGGAUUAGGGGGAAGGCUUAACCCAUUCAUAAUUAUAGCAGUUUCUCUGAAACUGCUAUAAUUAUGAAAAAAUGGGUUAACCCUAGAAGGACCUGGCACCCAGACCACUUCAUUAAGCUGAAGUGGUCUGGGUGCCUAGAGUGGUCCUUUAACAUACGCUUCUGAUCAUGUCAGCCUCUGUCAUUUUAAGAUGGAGCAGCGUCUGUCUCCAAGUCUCUCCUCUGUUUCUUAACAUUUAAAAAUACACAUAUUUAUACCUUAGGUGUCUCCAUUCUAGGGUUACCGUAGUUCAAAUAUGAAAAAGUAACACUUCUUUUACUUUAUUCAUCUUAGGACCUCCCUUAACUUGGCAAAAAUACAAGUCAAUAACUAAAGGGUGUAUACGUCAUGGAAAUAAUAUGCACUGAGGUUAUUGCUUAAAGAAACAUCUAUAAAAAACAAUAUGUUCCAUUUCUAACACCUUGUCAAUUUGCAAUAUCUCUUAAAGUACACAGUUUAAGAAAUACAACAUUUCAUUCUAAAACUUGUAAUAUUUGCUUUUGCUCAUAACAGUUCUAUCUGCAUAUUUUUGUCUAAAGCUCUUUGGAACAUAACUUUACAAACCAUCCUUCCCCUCUGUGGUCAUAAAUAAGUGCCCUGCAAAUCCAGUCAUACACAUUUGUCCAAAGUGUAUGAGUUUAUUGCGUUUUUGUGAAUGACAGAGAAAGUGUAAAUCUAGUUUUUAAAAACAAUUUGGUCAUGGCUGAAUCUGCUUCAGUUAGAGAUAAAGAAUGCAUUGUGAUUUAUGUGUGUACCAUGCCGAAGAUCACAUGUGCUUUCACCAAGAUGACUAAACAUCACACUGCACAGGAAGUGCAUAACUUCAAAGCUUCUCACAAUAGUUCCACCAGUCAUGUUUGUAGUUUUACUCCAAAUCCUGACACAUGAAUAACAUUAUACAAAUAUAUUCGGGGCCAGUACAAACCAUUAUCUGGAAAUCUAUUCAUAAACAGGGCUAUACAUAGGACACAAGGUCAUGCAUUUAGGCUGGAAGAAAGAUUUCAUCUAAGGCAAAGAAAAGGUUUUGUUUUUACAGUAAAAGCAAUAAGGAUAUGGAAUUCUCUGCCUGAAGAGGUGGCUUUAUCAGAGUCCAUACAGAUGUUUAAACUGCAAUUGGAUAAACACUUCCAAAAACAUAACAUACAGGGAUAUAAUUUCUAAUUAGUGGGGUAAUAGCUGCUCGAUCCAAGGAGACAUCGGACUGCCAUUCUGGGGUCAAGAAGGAAUUUGUUCCUAGUUCGUUGCAAAAUUGUAAGUGCCUCAGACUGGGUUUUUUGCCUUCUUUUGGAUCAACAGCAACAACAUUUGUGAGGAAGGCUGAACUUGAUGGACGCGAGUCUCUUUUCAGCUAUAUAACUAUGAAUUGCACCAGUAGGACUAAAAUAGGUAAAAUUUAUUUUCAUUAGCACAGUGUACAAAAAGGAUAGUAGGACUCACUGCAAAGCUGGACCUUGUCAUGUUGCCAGGGCAGACUUCUUGUUAAUAUCUACUUAAUGCAAAUGUUUCGUUUCAGUCUGUCAUUGUGAACAUAACAAUAUAAUAUAUUUGUAUAGGGGACGUGCUCCUGAGCAUUAAUGGGACUGACCUUACAUCACUGGGCUAUUUGGAAGCAGUGUCUGUACUGAAGUCCAAUGCAGCUUCUCAUACAGUUGUUCUGAAAACUCUGGAGUUUGCGCUGGGAGAAAAGCCAAACGAGGUGAUAGAGGGAACUGCUGAAAUACCAAGAGAACGUGGGGGGAUGUGGUCUCCACUUUGGGUAUCGUGGCUUUCUUUACCCAGGUGAGUGUUAAGCCAGUUUUUAUUCCAUUUUUUUUUUUUUUUUUGCUGAACAGAUAUUCUUUAAUGUUUGUUGAAUAUUCAACUUGCAACAGACUAAAUAUUUAUCCAAUCAAUACCUACAUAAUGACAUUGAUGCCUUGUUCAUUACGAUGUAUGGGAUACUGGCAGGAUAAACCUGGAAAAAUUAUAAUGUAAUGAAUCUGUGGCUUAAUGCAUUGAAAAGUAAUGAUUAUUAUCAAUCUAUUAUUUCUAGACAUGAAAGUCUUUUUACGUGUGCAGUUUCUUGUGACUUCAUCUGUGUAAUAGGAUAUAAGUGAGCUUGAUGGUUACCCAGUUGACAAAAGUUAAUCACUGAACUAUUUUCACAACCGUUUGGGACCUGCUUAGAUUAAUGGUAUAAAAUGCACAGAAUUUCAUGCAAAUAUAAUUUUUAAUAUCUACUUAUUUUUCCCCAUUAUGUGUGGUUAUCUGACUAGCCUUCACCUGUGUGUGUUAUGAAACAUUUCAUUUCUGUUCCAUUCCAUAGCACUCUCCACUGGUGUCGGCAUAUUUCUUUACGGAAGAGCACGUUUGAAAGCUGGGGAUUCAGCAUCGUUGGAGGUUACGAGGAGACCAAAGGCAAUCAGCCAUUCUUCAUUAAAACAAUAGUGCCGGCCACACCAGCUUUUUUUGAUGGACGCUUGAAGUAAGUUGGUCAUCGAGCUGCACCAAAAACCAUAUCCAUAAAUAGACAAACCAACCUGCAAAAACUCUUUGCCACAUCUUACAUUAGAUCCAUUCUAUUUCAGAAAAUAAGUGUAAUGCUUUUUCCUGAUCACACCAUGGCAGCAUAGACUAAUGAUUAGGUACUCCCCUUUGCCAAAAUAAAACCAAGAAAUAACUUUUUUGAAAUUAGGUCUACCUGCUCUUUUUGUGCUCUGUAGCAAUUGGGAAGAAGCCUGUUUUAACAAGCCACUUUAUCUAUUCCUCCUAUUGUGUUUAUAGCUUGGGUAUUACCCAUCAGUCAGUACUGCAUGUUUUGAUCAGGAAAAUCCAAAUCAAAUUCCUUCCAUCCUUAAUGUAAUUUCCAUUUCUUAAUCACUGUAGCAUCAUUAUAUUCUCCCUCUUCUUCUGUUCGUGGUUUUUGAGGCUAAUUUUAAAGUGACACUGUCCCCCCACCCCCCUUCGAAAAAUUUGUAUUUCAUAAAGAUAGAAUAUUUAUGAAAUACGUAUUUACAUUUUGUUAGAAUUUCACAGAAAUUCCAAUCCAGACAAUAGAUAUACUGAGACAUUUCUCUGCAUAUUUCAUCUGCCUGACACAAAUGUCAGUCCCCUCCAGUCGUCACCAGUGAAGGCUGCAUGAAAUUGUCUCUGCCUAUGGAAGAUCCCGCGGAGGAAGAUGGCCGUGCCUGUGAGGGACAGGUUCAGUUUAGUAGAAUUCCCCUUUACCUGCCCCCUCCUCCUGGCUACUGGACUCCCAGCUGUGAUGUCACUGUCACAACAGUGACAGUGGUGAUUUAAAAUGUUUGUGUCUUGGAGAUAACCUUUAGUCAAUGUAGCCUUGGUGAUUGAUAAGGAAAUUAGAAUUACAGUAAGUAUGGAAACCAUUUUCUCAUUGAUAAAUUUUGCUAUUUUUCUGAUUUCAUUUUGCUGGAAAUUAUUUUUAAUUUUUUUUUUUUUAUUGUAUAUUUGUGGGCCUGACAUAAUAUUAGAACUGUGGAUAUGCUCAUUGCACGGCUUUAGAAAUCUAAAUAAAUAUAAGAAGCAUUUUAUCUUACAAACAUAUCUAAAUUAAAGUGUUGGUCCUCAGACACUUUUCUGAAGGCACAUUCUUAAAUUUAGUGUUUGACUUACUUUCUUCAAAGUUUUUCAUCAAUACAACUAUUCUUGUGUAUAGCCAACAAUAGAUGCAAUGUAGAGAGAGAACCAAUCUGUGUAGUGCAUGAAGUCACAAAAUAAUGAAAACAAUCCAAUGUAUAUGUCAACCUGGACGAGGUGUUGAGGUACAGUUGUGAGAGAUCUGUAUUCACUUUUACCUUUAAUCUUACCUUGCUAAUCCUAAUUUUAAUUUUUGUAUCUUGCAUUCAGGUGUGGCGAUGAGAUUGUUGAAGUAAAUGGUGUGUCGGCAGCAGGAAUGAGUAACUCACAGCUGAUCCCCAUGUUGAAAGAACAGAAGAAUAGGGUCACUUUAACCGUGGUAUCGUGGCCUGGGAGUUUAGUCUGAAAAUGCCAAAGUCCAUACCAUUGAACUUUAUUGAGCCCAAUGCAAAAUGUACUGGAAAUGCAAAGUUUUUUCCUUCUUCUGCCCUGUGCCUUUAGAACAUCCCAGGAACCUGAACAAUGAAUGAUUGUUGUAAGCUAAUCUGAAAACUACUGACAUUAUGGAUUGUAGGAGCAUGUUGUUCACCAGCAUCUUUUAAUUGGGGGGAGGAACUAGAUGCAUUUUCAUUAAGGGUUGAAAUCUUUGCCUACUGUGUGUUUUGAUAGUUUAGUCUCUAAAGCGUAAUUUGUAGUUGCAGUGAUUGUGCCACAAUGUAAUAUAUCCAAGGAAAAUUGUCAAACAUUAAUUUUACAGAUCCAUUGUUUUAUGGGUAUCGGCAAGAUAUUUAUGGAAGUGCCUUAACAUUUCCAGCUAGAGGGGGUUCUUUCUGUAAUUGCUUUCAUUUUACAAGUAAAUGACGCAAAACCAAUCUGAUAUUACUGGACUGAACAAACUCAAACAUCGAACAAGAUGAAGGAAUACUACCAGCUAAAAAUGAAUAAUGACAUAAAAACAAGCCCCUGACCUUUACACUUUGGUAUUAUUAAUGUAUGUGACGACAUGUCUAAAUUCUGGCCCACUGUCUAAAUUUAUUUAUUAUUAGAUUUCACUACAACAAACCACUUUACUGACCUAGGUAUUGUGCGACUCUUACAAACUGAAAAUUCCCCUUUUAAUUUCUGUAAGAUUUUUAAUAGCCUGUUCAAUUAUCUUCUGUAUUUAACACAUGUUUGUAAAGGUCUGAAAAAUCUAAGUAAAUGUAGGAAUUCACACUGCUUUAUUUAUCUCUACACUGGAACUGAGAGACUCUAUAUUUGCGCCCUUUAAUUCAUUAUUAUAAGCUGUACAUUUUUUUUGUCAUUUAAAGGGACACUAUAGUCACCAGAACAACUACAGCUUAUUGUAUUUGUUCUGGUAAGUAGAAUCAUUCCCUGCAGGGUUUUGCUGUAAAUGUUUUUUUCCGUGAGAAUGCUAUGUUUACCUCACAGCCUAGGGAUAACUUCACUGGCCACUCCUCAGAUGGCUGCUAGAGGUGCUUCCUGGGUCAUUCAUUGUCUUCACCCUCUGCAUGCAGACACUGAACAUUCAUCAUAGAAAUGCAUUGAUUCAAUGGAUCUCUGAGGAGAUGCUGAUUGGCCAGGGCUGUUUUUGACUUGUGCUGGCUUUGCCUCCAUGACGAUCUCCGCCAAUCCUAUUGGAAACAUUGUGAUUGGUUCACAGAAUCACUUCUGAUGAUAUCAGGCAUGCGGACAGGUCAGAUGUAGCAGCUGCAGACUUGCAUACAAGUAAGAUUUUACUAUAUUUAGAGAGGCAAGGUAGGUGUGGGGGUGAGAGGUAGAUGUUUGUUUUAACACUAUAGAGUCAGGAAUACAUGUUUGUCUGCCUUACCCUACAGUGUUCCUUUAAUAUUCAUUUGAAAAAAACCUUUUGUAUCUGUAAGCCAACCUACAUACCAUUUGUAACUUGCAUCAAAGCUCUAUAAGAGACAGAAAUAAUCCAAUGGCCAUGAAGGUAGCAGACGGGAAACAAACCAUGUAUUCUCCAAUGUACUCUGUGCCAUGGCUGUUCCUAGACUGAACUAGAAUCUGAUGUAAUUUAAUACAUCUGUUUAAUAGACCUCUAAAAGAAAAUCAAACAUCAAAUUGAAAAGGUUAACACAAAUUCUAGGCCAUGUUCAAUGUUUUAUGCAGUGGUGUAAAUUCUAAGAUUCUAAAAGUAAAAUGACAGGGGCCUUAAUUGUGUGUUUAACGCAUACCUGCACUUUGUAUCCCAUUAAACAAUGGAAUUUGUGUUCUGAUUGUAUCUUGGAUAACAUUUUAACAAAAGAUUGUGAUCUGACAACUCUCUAUCUUUUGAAUGAUCUUUAAGUUAAAUGAUGUUGGCUGUCGGACAGCAUGUUUUUAUUUUAUUUUUACGAUUUUGCCUUAUAUUUGUAUGCUUGUCAUGAUCUGAAAUGGCUGUAAUACUUCAUGUCUUAAAGUGACCGUGUAUCCUGAAAUAACUACGGCUUAAUUGCAUGUAAAUGUGUAGUCAAUUCUUCUGACCCACUUUUAGUUAAACUGUUAACCAUUAUAUACUUGAUAAUGAUACCUUUCAGGCCACCUCAGCUAGAGAAAGCAUUAUUAAGAUAAGGGUUAGUCUGAUUGUAAUUUUCUAAAUAGAGACUUGAUGCUACGAAGCAUUACACACUUCAUAAAGUUAAUUAAGCCAAAAUCAUUAGAUAUUUAAGUCUGAAAUGUUUCUUAAUAAAUUAUUGCUUUAAUCCUGUAUUGCUGGCUGGACUUGCAAUUCCUUGCACGAUCCCUGGCAUUACACAGACUGUAUCUGUAUAGUUCUAACACCAAUGGAUGUUGAGUUUGUAUAUGUCUUUCCCUGUCCUUGUAAAUUAGUUAUUUGUAUUGUACUUAUCAGAUUUUCUAAGGUUGUUGCUUUAAACUGUUUUUCAUUGUAUGCAAUAUAAUUAUAUUGUGCUGCAGCUUGGUUGGCCAGAUAGGUUUCAUCACCCCAUACAAAAUGUGUAGUCCAUCAUGCGCUGGUUCAGUUCUUUUGGUGCCCUGCCAUCCAAAAUUGUUUGCUGAGAUUGGGAGCAUCCUGAUAAAUGAAGUCCUCAACAGAUAUUACAUGCCAAUGGUUAGCCACCAUUACUGAGCAUUGAAUAACGAGAAUGGUCCUGAUUCACAAAUUGCCCAUCUCAGGGAAAUUCUUUGUAACUAAUGAGUGAUUUUAUAAUAUUACAAAAUAAAGUUUACAAAAAAAUAAAACCUUUACCAUUUUGU